GCGGUAGUUCGCGUUUUGAGCCGCUCGUGCCACCAUAGCUCCUGCUGCUGCCUCUACCGCAGCAGCUACCGCGGCGGAGCUGAAAUUGUCGAGCGCGAUGCCGGAGGGCGCUGUGAGCGUGGUGGCCCUCGCUCGCCGGGGCUGGUCAGUGAGAGGGCAUAUUCGGAAGCCCUGUGGAGUGGGAAGACAGUGCCGCUGUUGAGACAAGACCCAGGACUGGGCCAGGGACUGUCCCAAGGGGUUUCUCGUCAUAAUGGCUGUGGAAGGGUCAACCAUUACCAGCCGGAUCAAGAAUCUGCUGAGAUCUCCUUCCAUCAAACUACGCAGGAGUAAGCCAGGAAACCGACGAGAGGACCUCAGCUCCAAGGUGACCUUGGAGAAGGUGCUGGGAAUUACAGUGUCUGGAGGCAGAGGACUUGCCUGUGACCCCCGAUCAGGUUUAGUUGCCUACCCAGCAGGGUGUGUGGUUGUGUUGUUCAAUCCCCGGAAACACAAACAGCACCACAUCCUCAACAGUUCCAGGAAAACCAUCACGGCCCUUGCCUUCUCCCCUGAUGGCAAGUACUUGGUCACUGGAGAGAGUGGGCACAUGCCCGCCGUGCGGGUUUGGGACGUGGCAGAGCGUAGCCAGGUGGCCGAGCUGCAGGAGCACAAGUAUGGUGUGGCUUGUGUGGCCUUCUCUCCUAGCGCCAAGUACAUUGUCUCUGUGGGCUACCAGCAUGACAUGAUCGUCAACGUGUGGGCCUGGAAGAAAAACAUUGUGGUGGCCUCCAACAAGGUGUCCAGUCGAGUGACAGCAGUGUCCUUCUCUGAGGACUGCAGCUACUUUGUAACUGCAGGCAACCGGCACAUCAAAUUCUGGUAUCUCGAUGACAGCAAGACCUCAAAGGUGAAUGCCACUGUGCCCCUGCUGGGCCGCUCAGGGCUGCUGGGAGAGCUACGGAACAACCUAUUCACUGAUGUGGCCUGCGGCAGAGGGAAGAAGGCAGACAGCACUUUCUGCAUCACGUCCUCAGGGCUGCUGUGCGAGUUCAGUGAUCGGAGGCUUUUGGACAAGUGGGUGGAGCUGAGGAACACAGACAGCUUCACAACCACAGUGGCCCACUGCAUCUCUGUGAGCCAGGACUACAUCUUCUGUGGCUGUGCUGAUGGCACCGUGCGCCUUUUCAACCCCUCUAACCUGCACUUCCUUACCACCCUGCCCCGACCCCAUGCUCUGGGGACAGACAUUGCCAGCGUCACUGAGGCCAGUCGCCUCUUCUCUGGAGUGGCCAAUGCCAAGUAUCCAGACACCAUUGCCUUGACCUAUGAUCCUGCUAAUCAGUGGCUGUCUUGUGUGUACAACGAUCACAGCAUUUAUGUUUGGGAUGUCAGGGACCCCAAGAAAGUGGGCAAGGUGUACUCGGCCCUGUAUCAUUCUUCCUGCGUCUGGAGCGUGGAGGUCUAUCCCGAGGUGAAGGACAGUAACCAGGCCUGCCUGCCCCCCAGUUCCUUUAUUACCUGCUCCUCAGACAACACCAUCCGCCUGUGGAACACAGAGAGCUCCGGGGUGCAUGGCUCCACCCUGCACCGAAACAUCCUCAGCAACGACCUCAUUAAAAUCAUUUACGUGGAUGGGAACACCCAGGCCCUGCUGGACACAGAGCUGCCUGGAGGGGAGAAAGCUGAUGCGUCCCUGAUGGAUCCCCGUGUGGGCAUCCGCUCUGUGUGCGUCAGCCCCAAUGGACAGCAUCUAGCAUCUGGGGACCGUAUGGGCACACUUAGGGUGCAUGAACUUCAUUCCCUGAGUGAGAUGCUGAAGGUGGAGGCCCAUGACUCAGAGAUUCUGUGCCUGGAGUAUUCGAAGCCAGACACAGGUCUGAAACUGCUAGCAUCGGCGAGCCGGGACCGGCUGAUCCACGUGCUGGAUGCGGGGCGGGAGUACAGCCUACAGCAGACCCUGGACGAGCACUCAUCCGCCAUCACUGCAGUCAAGUUUGCAGCCAGCGAUGGGCAAGUCCGCAUGAUCAGCUGUGGAGCAGACAAGAGCAUCUACUUCCGCACUGCGCAGAAGUCUGGAGAUGGAGUGCAGUUCACACGGACACACCACGUGGUGCGGAAGACAACCCUCUAUGACAUGGAUGUGGAGCCCAGCUGGAAGUACACGGCCAUCGGCUGCCAGGACCGAAAUGUUCGGAUAUUUAACAUCAGCAGCGGGAAGCAGAAGAAGCUGUUUAAAGGGUCACAGGGUGAGGACGGCACACUCAUCAAGGUGCAGACAGACCCCUCAGGGAUCUACAUUGCCACCAGCUGUUCUGACAAGAACCUCUCCAUUUUUGACUUCUCCUCAGGCGAGUGUGUGGCCACCAUGUUUGGGCACUCAGAGAUUGUCACUGGCAUGAAAUUUAGUAAUGAUUGCAAACAUCUCAUCUCUGUGUCUGGGGACAGCUGUAUAUUUGUGUGGCGCCUGAGCUCUGAGAUGACCAUCAGCAUGAGGCAGCGUCUGGCCGAGCUACGCCAGCGUCAGCGGGGCAGCAAGCAGCAAGGACCAUCCUCUCCCCAAAGGGCUUCUGGACCCCACCGACUCAGGCACCAGGCCCCAUCAAUGGUCUCUCCUGGACCGGCUCUCUCAUCAGACAGUGACAAGGAGGGAGAAGAUGAGGGCACUGAAGAAGAACUUCCAGCACUGCCCGUCCUUGCCAAGAGUACCAAGAAGGAGCUGGCCUCUGUCCCCAACCCAGCAUUGCCCCGAAGUCUGUCCCACUGGGAGAUGAGUCGGGCACAGGAGACCAUGGGGUUCCUGGACCCAGCUCCUGCAGCCAACCCAGGACCCAAAAGAAGGGGGCGCUGGGCUCAGCCUGGUGUGGAGCUGAGUGUUCGAUCCAUGCUAGACCUGCGGCAGCUGGAAACACUGGCCCCAAGCCCACGGGGCCCUCGCCAGGACUCGCUGGCCAUGAUCCCAUCUGGUCCUGGGAAGCAUGGGCAGCAGGCCCUUGAGACUUCACUCGCUAGCCAGAAUGAAAAGCCCACUUGGCCUCAGGCUUCCCAACCCUGUUCUUGCCCCCAUAUUAUGCAAUUAUUGUCACAAGAGGAAGGGGUCUUUCCCCAAGAUCUGGAACCUGCACCCGCUGAAGACGAUAUUGUCUACCCGGAGCCGAGUGAUAGCCCCACCAUGGAUGCCAGUGAGUUCCAGGUGCAGGCUCCAGCCCGGGGAACUCUGGGAAGAGUAUACCCAGGCAGCAGGAGCUCAGAAAAGCACAGCCCCGACAGUGCCUGCUCUGUGGAUUACAGCAGCAGCUGCCUUUCCAGCCCCGAGCACCCCACUGAAGACUCUGAGAGCACAGAGCCCCUCAGUGUGGAUGGCAUCUCCUCAGACCUUGAAGAGCCAGCUGAGGGUGAUGAAGAAGAGGAGGAAGAGGAGGGAGGCACGGCCUCCUAUGGGCUGCAGGAGGGAAGCCCCCGGACCCCAGACCAGGAGCAGUUUCUGAAACAGCACUUUGAGACUCUGGCCAAUGGGGCUGCUCCAGGGGCCCCAGUGCAGGUGCCAGAGAGGUCAGAGUCUCGGAGCAUCUCUUCACGAUUCCUGUUAAAAGUGCAGACCCACCCACUCAGGGAACCAUCCCCGUCUUCCUCAAGCCUGGCACUGAUGUCGAGACCAGCCCAGGUGCCACAGGCAUCUGGUGAGCAGCCGAGAGGCAAAGGUGCCAAUCCCCCUGGAGCACCCCCGGAGGCAGACCUGUCCUCUGGCAACCCCAGCCCCCAGCGGGCAGCCACUGUGCUGUUGCCACGAUGCCGUCUCAACCCUGACAGCAGCUGGGCACCCAAGAGAGUGGCCACAGCCAGCCCCUUAUCUGGACUCCAGAAAGCCCAGUCUGUGCAUAGUCUGGUGCCACAGGAAAGAGAUGAAGCCAGUCUACAGGCCCCUUCACCAGGCCUAGUGCUCUCUCGGGAGAUCAAAGCUCAGGAUGGUCUGGGCUCCCUGCCCCUGGCUGAUGGCCGCCUGUCUCGGCCCCACUCUUACCAGAGCCCCACCACCAGUUCUGUGGCCAAGAUAUCCCGCAGUAUAUCUGUUGGGGAGAACCUGAGCCUGGUCGCUGAACCUCAAGCUCCUGCCCCUAUCCGAGUCUCACCACUUAGCAAGCUGGCCCUGCCCAGCCGGGCUCACCUGGUUUUGGACAUCCCCAAACCACUGCCUGACCGUCCUACCCUGGCUGCAUUCUCGCCUGUAACCAAAGGCCGGGUCCUUGGGGAGGCAGAACAGCCUGGCUUCCCAGUGGGCCUAGGAAAAGCUCACAGUACAACUGAGAGAUGGGCCUGUUUGGGGGAGGGCACCACUCCCAAGCCUAGGACAGACUGCCAGGCUCAUCCUGGGCCCAGCAACCCCUGUGCCCAGCAACUGCCAGUCAGCAGCCGCCUCCGAGGCCCUGAAAACUUGCAGCCCCCACCCCCUGAGAAGACUCUCAACCCCACGGACUGCGCCAAGCCAGGGGCAGCCCUGAGCCAGGACUCAGAACCAGCAGUGAGCCUGGAGCAGUGUGAGCAGCUGGUGGCAGAGCUCCGAGGCAGCGUGCAUCAGGCCGUGCGGCUCUACCACUCGGUGGCUGGCUGCAAGAUGCCCUCAGCAGAGCAGAGUCGGAUCGCCCAGCUCCUCAGAGACACCUUCUCUUCAGUGCGACAGGAGCUGGAAGCCCUGGCUGGGGUAGCACUGUCCAGCCCAGGCAGCAGCCCUGGGGCUGUGGGAGCUGAGCAGACACAGGCCCUGCUGGAGCAAUACUCGGAACUGCUGCUUCGAGCCGUGGAGCGGCGCAUGGAACGCAGACUCUGAGAUUCAGAAGUCUGCCCCAAGUGAAUGAAUGCCCCAGCCAUUCCAAACUGCAGACCCUCUGCCACUCACCAAAACCUGCGGGGCUGCUUGAAGUGGAAAGCAGGGAGCAGUGUUGAGAGGCGAAGCAGCCUUCCCAGCCACUCCUCGUGGGGCGCCUGUAUUUAUUAAUUUAUUUCCCUGACUGUUGCCUCACUUCCUUGGAACUCCUGCCUCCACAGCCCCUCCAGUGGCAGGGACGGGUCUUGGGUCUUUGUCAUCUUGGUGCUGUGAGGGUUAAGAGGGCAGCCUGCCCCAUCUAGGAAUCUGGGAAGGGCUGGCCCUCUCUUAGAAGCCAUUUGAAAUUACUGCAGGGAUCGGCUCCCUGGGGUGGAGCAUACACAGGGUACUCUGGGGUCGAGGUGACAGGUCAUGUGGUAUUCAGUGUCCUUCAGCCAACUGGGGGCCUUCACCUCUACCUCCACUUUCCCUCUCACACCAGCUGCACUCCCCUGGGUGCCAGAGCAGGGUGGUUUUCCCCAAUACCUGGCAGCUAAGAAAGGCAGGGCCAUCUGGCCCUCCAGGGUGUCCCCAGCCACCAGGAGACUUGAGUUGGUAUUAGAACCUGAGCCCCUACAUUCCACUCCCAUUCUCCCUCCAAGAGGGGCCCAGCAUUGUCUCUCCCUGUGACCCCUUUCUCUCCUGGCCAGAACUGGAGCCAGCUGUGAGACAUUGCUGCGGGACAGUAAGCCCUCAGCUGGGCCAACAUGAAGCUCUGGCCUCCUUUCCUCAGCCCCUUGUCCUUCCCUGUCCUCCAGCCCUGGACCCCAGCCACCUGCUGGAGCCCAGAGGUCAACUUCUCCCUGCAUCCUGAGUGACGCUCAGUCAGAAGCCUGUGUUGGCAUGUCCCUCGUUUACAGGGCGCUGGCCCACCUCCUGAGGACCUCGGCCACAGAUGAGAUCACGCACACGCGCACACACCCCUGCACAGCAUGCAGAUGAGAUCACAUGCAUGCAUACACACACA